AUGUUCCAGUCUAUUCAGGGAGCAUCUGCCUCUUUUUUCGAGUCCUCUGCUACAGCUAACCUAGUUGGUAUACAUCAUGCUUGCUUUGUUUUCACUUCUUUUUUGUCUAAACUCACCAAUGUUCCUUGGAUUCUUGACAUUGGUGCUACACAGCACAUGACAUUUGAUAAGUCUUUGUUGCAUGGCAUAAGAGCACUUACUUUUCCUCUCUUGGUCAAUUUGGCUAACUCAUCCAAGGCCCCCUCACUGAGGAAGGACCAGCUCGUUGGUAAAGCUACAGCAGACCUCUAUGUGUUGAAGGAUAAUACCUCUAGUUUCUGCAACAAGCCACAAGCUCCAGUUUCUAUUUCUUCUUGCAAUAUGUCAAAGUCUUUAUUGAAAUCGUUUCUAGCCCUUGUUGAAAGACAAUUCUUAGCUAAGGUGAAGGUGAUUAGGUCAGGUAAUGCCUAUGAAUUGGGAACAGGACAAGAACAAAGAGAUUUUUUCUUUUCUCAGGGGAUCAUUCAUCAAACGACUUGUGUUGGGACUCCCCAACAAAAUGGAGUAGUUGAACGUAAACAUAGACACUUGUUAGAGACUUGUAGGGCUUUGAUGUUUCAGUCACAUGCACCAAAAAGGUACUGGGGGGAGUCCUUGCUCACAGCAACAUACUUGAUCAAUCGAUUCUCUUCCCAGGUACUUAGAAAUAAAUCUCCUUAUCGAGUGCUAUUUGGAAAAGACCCUGAUUGUUCCUACCUAAAGCCAUUUGGUUGCCUAUGUUUCAACUCCACUCUCUCUAGGAACAGGGACAAAUUAAGCCCUAGAGCUUUUCCUGGGAUCUUUCUUGGUUAUCCUUUUGGAAAGAAAGGAUAUAAAAUCCUUAACUUAGAAGAUAAUACAAUUUGCAUUUCUAGAAACGUCAAAUUCAUUGAGUUUGUUUUUCCUUUCUCUUCUCCUUCACCACUGUCUAAAUUGUUUCCUUCUUGUUUUCCAUCUACUAAUGAUCAUUUUUUUUCUUCUUCUUCUUCUACUGUGCUUUCUCCAAAUCUAUCUUUACAGAGCACACCUCUUUCUAAAUCUGCCUCUAAGUCUAAAUCUUUACCGUCUAAAUCUUCCCCUUUGUCUCCCAUUUAUGAUCCCAUUGUUGGUUCAGCUCCCAGAACUGAAGUAUUACCCACAGCACCAGAGGAGCAGCUACGCCGCUCACAAAGAGAACAUCAUCCUCCUAAGUAUUUAUCUGAUUAUGUUUGUAAUUUUGCUUUCUCUGUUAUUUCCCCUAACCCACCUUUUUUAUCCCUUUUAUCAUUCUACUUUUUCUGCUAUGACACCCCAAAAUCAAUGCAUCAUCAAUUCUAUUUGCCAAAUAAAUGA